CAGUGUAAUACGGAAGAAGGAUCGUCCUCCCGAGUACCUCGGUUAGCAGCACAGCCUCUCCCACGGAGCACAGUACCGCCAGUGUUGGCUUGGUCUGUGAGACAGGCUGAGCUCAAUUACCACAUGGGUGUAUCCCCUCUGUCUGUGAGGCCGAACGCAUCAUCUCGCGCUUCUAAGGGUUAUCAACAGCAGCGGCCCAGCAGGAGUCCACCCUUAUUGUUGUCCCCACCGGGUUCCCAAAGAGUCUACUAUCUCAACAGCUCACUUGAUCGAAGACGACGCUCUGGGUCAGCGGUCAGCAUAGGUGGCGGUGGUAAUUAUGAACGACCCGAGUUCGAUACCCAGAGGCGGCAUUUUCCUGAUACUGACGAUGAAGACGAUGGUCCACGAUACGAAUACCAUCAGGUGUCGAACCCCAGUCGCUGCUCCGCCCCGGCUGUGUUUUAUAACAGUCAACAGCGACUCCCCGCUCCCUCACCAGAGCCCAUAAGAUUACCGCCGAUUAUGCCUAGUGUGACCGAUAGAGUAACAAUUGAUUUAGCUUUCUUCAUGCAUCUUGUUGACACGUAUAGUAACUCGGGUGACUAUUUCAAGCGGAUGCGACUGUGCAGCAUGAUGCAGCUCAUGAUUGACGAAUUUGAACCACCAUCGCCAUCCACCCGUAACGGCCGUCCCCUCCCAAGUGAUGAUGCAGCGGAUGUUAAAGCACCUGGGGAGACACGACAUUCGCUGAAAUGCCUACCAUUCGGAUCGUUUACCUACAAUUUACAUCUACCAUGGGCGAGCGAUCUGGAUUUUGUUUUAUUGCCCGGCUCGGCUCGAUAUAGACGAUUAUUGACUCCCUGGGUGAGUGUCGGUGGAGAAUAUCAACACGGGGAAGCGUCUCACUACGCCAAUUCAUAUCAGAGCGAGAGCUCUGGUGGUGUUAUUGUUGAUGAAAGUACCUCUGUGGGAAGCAUUGAUGAUCAUGUUAAAGCAGCAGCAGAGUGUGUGAAA